AUGGCCACCAACCACGCCCAGCUGCCCGACCCGCGAGGGUUCAUCGCCGGCCUGCUCUCCGGCCUCACCAAGCUCGCCGUCGGCCACCCCUUCGAUACCAUCAAGCUCCGCAUCCAGUGUGCACCCGCGGGCGUCUUCCAUGGCCCGCUCGACUGCUUCCUCCAGACCAUCCGCAAUGAAGGCCCCCGCGCACUCUACAAGGGCGCCUCUCCCCCGGCCGCCGGCUGGGCGGUCUCGGAUGCCGUGCUCAUGGGCUCCCUCGAGCGCUACCGGCGCUGGCUCGGCCACCUCGAGUCUCCCGACGGCGCUCAGCCCCUCUCGCUCCGCUCCCAUGCUGUCGCUGGCGCCCUGGCCGGCUGGACGGUCUGCUCGAUCGUCACGCCGAUCGAAACCAUAAAAGCCAAGCUACAGAUCCAGACCUCCGAUCCACGCACGAGACUAUACACGGGGCCGAUCGACUGCGCCUCCCAGAUCGUGCGCGCCGGCGGCCUCCAGAGCCUCUACCGGGCCCUCCCCGCCACCCUCAUCUUCCGCACCUGCUUCGCCCUCAUGUUCUCCUCCUACCACGCCCUCAACCACCUCUUCCAGACCUUCGCCACUCAUCACCCCUCCAGCCUCUUCGCCCUCGGCCCCUCCGUCUCCAAAUUCAUCGCCGGCGGACUCGCGGCGGAAGUCUUUUGGCUCGUCGGCUAUCCGCUCGACACCGUCAAAAAUCGGAUCAUGUGUGACUCGCUGACGAAUCGACGCUAUCCGACGUGGCUCUCAGCCGCACGGGCGAUCAGGCUCGAGGGCGGCAUCAAAGCAUUUUACCGGGGGAUGACGCCGUGUCUCUUGCGCGCCUUCCCGACGAAUGCCGCCGCACUCGCCGUCUGGGAAGGCGCUAUGAGAGGUAUGCGGCCUUGA